UCCAGUAAUAUUUGAAACUAUUCAGUGUUUGGAUUGUUUGGCUAAAAUUGUGUAUCUCCUAGCUUAACAAACACUUUCCUUAUGUACAGGGAAUUAUGUGUGGAUCUUGUUUCUCCUUAGAUUUAGGAACUAGUCUUGUAGAAUUCUCACAAGUGUAGAUAGUUGGUCACUCUGCUGGCAUUUUUUACUUCUCUAAUGCAGUACUGAGAACAUCUCACUGUGAAGUAAAUCAUCUACAGACAGCAUGGCCAAAGCUGCUCAAUUUGAUUCUGAUGCUUUUACUGGUCAAAAACCAGAUAUGGCACCAUCCAUGGCCCACUUAUCACUUUGUUCAGAGCUGUCAGGAUCUAACUUGGCUCUGAACAAGCGCAGUAUGGUAUUUGAUGAGGAUGGAUUCGAGAAAAGAUUUCUUAGGUGCAGUCAGUGCAAGCAGCGUUUCAGUAAUGUUCUACUUCCACGUAUGCUGCCUUGUCACCAUUCCUUCUGUUUCAGCUGUAUACAGCAACUGUUUGACCAAGCGUCAGACCAAAAGAAUAUGUUUCAUUCAACAUACAGAAUGCCUAUGAACGUUCCUCCAACAUCUGUUAAUAUUUGUUGCCCUCUAUGUAACGCACAUUUGUGGAUCACAGAGGAGCAAGUAAAGAAGCUACCCACUGACCAUCGGACAGUUCAACUUAUGGACUUUGUCCAUCAUACAGAACACUACACGAUAACCUUCUGCUCCCAGCAUGGCACACAACCUUUGAAUUUCUUCUGUGAGCUGUGCGUGAAGCCCAUUUGCAGAACAUGCACUGUUAUGGAUCAUAAAGAAUCAGAGGGACACGACUUUAUGGACCUAGAGAAGGCUUUGGCCAAAUAUACCCCCCUGUUGGACACUACAGUGACUGAAAUGGAAGCAGAAAGCUCACUACUUGAAGAAAAACUGAAUGUGUUAGAUUCUUUAACCCAGAAUGUUGAGAAGAUGAAGAUUGAACUGCUUGAUGAGGUCAAAGCAUGCAUGGCCAGGAUGAGAGACCUAUUAGAUGAUCGUGAGAAAAAACUCAAAUGCAAAGUGGAAGAAGAGACAGAAAAUGAGUGUAGAAAGCUACGGGAGAAGUCAGAAAUGCUUGAAAAUCGUCGACGUGUUUUGGUUGAAAAAGCAAACCAAUUAAAGCAGGCAAAGGAGAACCAUAAUGUGGAAGAAAUGUUUCAGAUUCACCAAGAAGUAAAACUGUACCGUUCAGGUGCACCGAUAAGAGUUCGAGAGGUGGAUGAUGGCUUAAUGACGGCAUUUUCUCUAAAUACCAGAGAAGAAUCAAUGCUAGCAUCUCGAAUUAGCAGCUUUGGAGACGUGACUACCAAAGCAGAAGCAACAUCAUUAAGAGGUAAAACUUCCACCAGAGCAAGUAUCUACAGAUCCACCUCCUAUAAAUAAAUAUAUAUAUUUAUAUGGUUAGUUAAGAAAAUUUCAACACAUAAAUAAUUAUUGUAAAUGUUUAUUUAAAAAUAUAAAUACAUUUUAUAAAUUUAGUAUAACCACAUUUCAAUGUUUCAAAUUUUAGAAAAAAAAUUGUGAAGGGCAUUUUUAGAUGGCAAAAAGAGAAUUUUAACUGAUGAUGCAGACAAGGUAUAUGUCUAUGCUGUAUUUGGCAAAAUAUGUAGGUCAUAGCUGGGACUUUGCAGAAAUACUGCACCACUCAUUGGUGUCUGACUCAAAGACAAGCUUAUUUUUAUUAUGUAUAUUUCAUGUCAUAGUUAAUUUUAAUGGAAAAAAAAGUAUAGUUUGGACAGGAAAAUGUCUUAAUGAGGUAGCUGCAAAAUUCAAUAUCUGAUAUCUUAUUUACACUUAUUAUGACCUAUAUAAGAUUUAUCUAAAGAGUCACAUAAUGAUUCCUGAAAUAGCUUGUUAAAAAACAAUGUUCCAUAUAAAAUGUAUUAUUUAUUUAGAUUAGUGUAUAGUUUGUAUUAUAACUUUUUUUUUUAUUUGCUUGUAUCUAAGUGUUGCUAAGUGACCUUUAUUGUUUGGUCCCCAAAGUGAGGAGCAUAUAAUUCUUGAUUUUUGUUAGAUCUGAGUUGUGUUUUAAAAAUGUCAAACUAAUGCAGUAAUGAAACAACCUCACCCCUUAGUCUACAGGUCCAAUGAGAGUUCACUGAGCCGGCUAUAAAAGCAAGGAGACACUAUCCCCUCUUGAACAUAGCACAGACAUAAUUAGUAGUGUAAUGCAGUCAAGUCAUAUUUUACUAAUUUAGUGAUAUUGUUCUACCUCUGAAGUGUGUACAUUAGUCAAGAAUUGAAAAUACUGUGAAACAUUUUUAUAUACGGCUUUAUGUAAUAACAUGGAGUACUCUGAUACAUUUAAAUGUAGGCAUUUAGAGACAGUAAUUAAGUCAUCUGUAUAUAGCAAUAUCUUGAGUAUUUAAAAAAAAUAGCACAAUGUAUGUAUUGUUUGCAAAGCUUCCUCUCAUCACUUUUGAAAUACUGAUACUUGUAUGGUAAAUUUUCAACUCGUGACUUUCUGUAGAUCUUUUCUCCCCGUUGAUGUAUUAUAAAUCAAUUGUAAAUUAAAUUUGUGCAAUAUU